AUGAUCAACAUCGAUCCACCAUCCGGCGACUACCCAGCUUCUGGUGGUUCAUCAACUCACUACAUUGUCUCCGAAUCGGAAUCUCGUUUGGCAUUCAAAGUCAAGUCGUCCAACAAUGAAUCGUAUCGUGUUCGCCCAGUCUAUGGAUUCGUUGAUGCGAAGGGAAAGGCUAAGCUCGAAGUGAAUCGUUUGGCUGGACCAGCGAAGGAGGACAAGCUUGUCAUUCAAUACGCCGAAGUUCCAGCUGAUGAGACCGAUCCGAAGGCUCCGUUUGCGGCUGGUGCUCAACAAGGAGAAGUCGUUGUCAAGAUGGUUGCUAGCUAA